AUGGGCGGAGGUGCAGGCGGGACCCACGCGGAUCGCGCUGCAGCAAUGCGACAGGUGGCGGAGGGUUGGGGAAUCGGGGAAUGGGGAGUGAGGGAGGAGGGGGGAAUAGGGGGGAAUAGGAAGGGCGGGAGUGAAGGGAAGAAGGCCCAAGCGGAUUGUGCUGCAACAAUGCGACAGGUGCCGGAGGGUUGGGGGGGAAGGUGGGGAAAGGAUGUGGGAGGAUGGGGUGAGAGAAAGAUGGAAAAAGGGGGAAUAAACUCCCACGCGGAUCGCACUGCAGCAAUGCGACAGGUUGCGGAGAGAAGGGAGGGGGUGAUGGGGGAAGAGGAUAGAGAGGAUGGGAGGAUGUGGGGGGAAGCGAUGGGACGAGGGAGGGGAACGGGAGGGAAGGGAAGUAGUCCCCGCUGCAAUGUGACAGGAGAUGGGGGUUUUGGGGGAAAGGGAAUUGGCACAGCACACACAUCUCACGGCUUCUCUCCCAUUCUUUCCUUCUCUGUGUGUGGAGAGGAGAAACGUGUUUCCACUAUCUUGAUGCUUGAGAUGCCUCAAUCAUCAUUCCCCCGUUUCCUCCCUUUCCUCCCUUUCCUCCCGUGCCUUUCUUGCCCCCUCCCUUUCAGCACAGCACACACAUCUCACAGCUUCUCACCCCUGCUCUCCUUUUCUGUGCAUGGAGAAGGGGAGUUUGAUUCCACUCUCCUGCGGAUGCUACGGUUGGGAGCGGUAAUGGACGGUGCUGUGGUGCACAUGCCACAAGGCCGAGUAGCUGCUCUAAGGGCUCCUGAUGGCCCCAUGCUGAGUCUUGUUGAGGAAUCGGAGGAGGCUUGA